GUGACGCGGUGAGCCGAGGAGUCCACAUAUUUUUCGGCCUGCCACUGCUAUUCCCUUCCCUCACCUGACGCGCACGCACACCACUACCGCAGCGCCCGGAGCAGGAGCACGCCGCCGGGUCACCGGAAUCCGCAGCUUCCCCGCUCCCGUCCGUGUCUGGAUCCGAGAUCGGCCCAUGGCUGGGCCACCGCGCUCGUGGAAGAACCUCCCGCCGGAGCUCGCGGGCCUCGUGCUCGGCCGCCAGCUGCCCUCCCACGUCGAUCGCUUCCGCUUCGCCGCCGUGUGCCCCCAGUGGCGCUCCACCGCGCGGCAGGUCCGGUUGCCCCCUCCUCUGCCGCUGCUCGCUCUCAAGAACGGCAGGACGUUCUACAGCAUGCCCUCAGGUAGUAGCAAUCGGAUCGCAGUGUGCCGUCCAGGGGCGUCCUUGCGGUCAGUAGCAUGGGACCUAUCUUUGCGGAUUACUGACAUGGCAUUCUACCAGGGAAAGCUCUAUGCUCUUGAUUAUGGCGAGGACCUCUUAGCUUUGGACAUCAGUCUGGAUGACAACACCGGCGACCCACAGGUUUCUCGGAUUGGGCAGGUCAUCAAGGUUAACUAUUUUGUUGAUCUCUUCUCGAACAAAUUUAAUGAUCCCUUGAUAUUCAAGAGGAUGCUCUACCUGGUUGAAUCGGGUGGCUCAUUGCUGUUGGUACGCAGAAGCAUUUUCCAUAGUCAUGUUAACGGCAAAGGACAGAUACACUUUUGCUGGACCGUGUGAGCCUGAUGUUGCAGUAUUCGUGGCUGACUUCGCGCAGUCACGGUGGGCCAAGGUGACGACCCUAGGGGAUGAUCAGGCGCUGUUUUUAGGGCCAUGUUCCAGGCCUGUUUGCAUGCCUCAGUGUGACUCGACAGGCAAUCGUGUCUGGUUCUUGGAUGACUACAAGGACUUUCACCGCUGUGGGGAGGAUCUGAAGAGCAGCUCAAGUUCUGACAUCAGUGGCAUGGCAUAUCACCGCAAGCCCUUCUCCCCUCUUCCCAUGAUCCUGUAGAGAGACUACCUGGGGGGCGCAGGUGCAGCCUGGCUCUUCCCUUCAAAGUGAUGUUGUUCUUUUGAAAGUUGGUACAAUCGAAGCUGUUAAGUGCAUCAUGUGCUUCUCUGAUCGUAGUACGGUGGCCUGCUGGCGUCUGCAAUGUUGACUUACUGUUGGAUAAUUGUGUCAUGCUCGACUUAGUGAAUUUUUUUGAACUUGUGAUAUAUAGAAUCCUGUCAGGUGUUGUUGACCUAU